AUGCACCCGGUACUCCGUGUCCGGUCUGGCAACGUCCUAGUUUCGAAUGCGUUCGUUCGACACACGCCAAUAAUUCCUAAAGUCGGCCUCAAGAAUAUCCGAUUAUCCAGUACCACCGCAUCUCCCAAUGAGGCAUCUCUUAGUUGGCCCGAAUAUUUGACUAUUCGAAAGAAGAAGAGGAGAUGGGAAGUUGCAACGACUAUUCCCAGCACAUUUCUAGCGCUCACUCUGGGGUUAUCGUAUUUUGGUUCUAUUGAAAGUGACCCGUCUUCACUGAUCUUCGGAGUCGAACCUAUCUAUAUCUAUGGCGUGGCGACAAUGGGAUGCGGAGGCCUUGGAUACUUACUCGGUCCCGUUGUUGGCAAUUCUCUGUGGAGGAUGACCCACCGCCAAAUCUUACCGCGAAUCGAAGCCCGCGAUGUACAAUUCUACCAACACAUUGUCAAAAACCGGGUUGACCCAUCACGUCAAACUGCUACUAACCCUGUCCCCGAUUUUUAUGGUGGGUAA